ACCGCUCACCAAAGUGAAGAUCCAUGUACACCGAACCGAGUUCUACCUCCUUGUCUCUCUCUUGCUCCCGUCGCUGGUCCUCCUCCCCCUUCGCUGAGUCCUCUUCAACCACAUCAAGAUGAGGAUUGAAGUGUGUCAUUUCUGUAGCAGACCUGCAUAUCCCUCCAAGGGAAUCACAUUCAAUCGCAAUGAUGGGAGGUCAUUUCGGUUUUGUCGGAGUAAAUGCCACAAGGCAUUCAAGAUGAAGCGCAACCCGAGAAAGGUUGGCUGGACCAAGGCAUACCGAACCGCCAAGGGCAAGGAGAUGACGGUCGACUCGACGCUCCAAUUCGCCGCCCGCCGCAACGUGCCCGUGCGCUACGACCGCGAGUUGGUCCAGAAGACCCUCAAGGCGAUGGAGCGCAUUUCCGGGAUCCGCUCCCGCCGCGAGCGCGUCUUCUACAAGAAGCGCAUGGCCGGCAAGCGCGAGCGCGAUCUCGCCACCGCCCGCCGCCUCGUCGCCGAGAACCAGAUGCUGCUACCCCGUCUGCGGGGCUCCGAGAAGCGCGCCCUCGCCGAACAGGGCGCCACCGAGGAGGAGAUCGCCGCCGCCGACCGCGCCGAGGCCGUCGACGUCAUCUCCAAGAAGAAGAAGGUCCAGAGCAAGGUGUUCGGCGAGGAGAAGGUGCGGCAGCGGGUCACGGUCGACGGGGAGGUCAUCGAAGAACGCGAGGGUGCCGGCAUGCGCUACGAGGACGAAGACGACGAUUUCGAGUCGUUUGGAGAGGAGGGUGAUGAAGAUGAAAUGGAGGUCGAUUGAAGCUCCCACGAUGUAUGGCGGCUGUGUUGAUAUUUCCGUUGUCUAUUCGUCGUCUGGCGUUAUGGAUAGGGGCUGACAGUAUGUGCAUUCCCAUGAGGGACUUCUGGCGUUAGCGGUUGUGAUAUACCAAGACACAAAACAAAAGGCUUCAAGAUUGAUUCCUCCGAGACCUCUCCGACGUGUGGUGAAGACUAUUUUGCAGGAGAUUUCAGCGGCGCGGCCAGUGUCCGUUGAGUGUCUGGUCUCGAUUUCAUUGUGAGACCAUCAUAGUGAAGACCAAUGUGGAUGUCGUGCAACGCGAGGAGGAGCAUGAAAGAGUCACCGAAUGUAUUAAGCAGUUAUAUUCGCCCCGAGCUCAAGAACCUGUCUGGCCUGCGAAUGCCGUAUUAUGUAUAGCCCCCCCCCACAUAGCCGCCGCGAAGAAACCAGAAAAGAGAACAAGAC